CACUUGACCCGGAACUAGCAAAAGUGCAUUUCAGGUUUCCGACCGGAUUUAGAAUAGUUACUCACGCAUCCUUGCAAGCUCUUGUGUGUACUGUAUGUGCAGUCUUAUCGUUUUUGUCGUGUUAUACAUCCUUAUUAAAACGUAUCUCGCUACACCCUAUCAAGUGUACAGUUCAUAUUAGGGGUUCUUAGAUUUGAACAAAAUGGAUGAAGAACCGGAGAGAACCAAGAGGUGGGAAGGAGGUUACGAGCGGACGUGGGAGGUGCUUAAAGAGGAUGAGUCUGGAUCGCUGAAGGCCACAGUCGAAGAGAUUCUUUUUCAGAGCAAAAGGAAAAGGGUCAUUGAGAGCCAUGGGCAGGUUCGACUUGGGAUGAUGCGGCACCUGUUUGUUGUGGUGGAUACUUCCCGGACCAUGGAUGACCAGGACUUAAAACCUAAUCGCCUGACCUCUACCCUAAAGCUACUGGAAUUUUUUGUGGACGAGUACUUUGACCAGAAUCCGAUCAGUCAGAUCGGAAUUAUAACCACUAAAAACAAGAGGGCAGAGAAACUGACAGACCUUGCUGGUAACCCAAAGAAGCAUAUCACUGCCCUAAAGAAAGCGGUGGACACUACAUGUAUUGGAGAGCCUUCUCUCUACAACUCCAUAAACCUUGCCAUGCUGACGCUUAAACACAUGCCAGGGCACACCAGCAGAGAGAUUCUGAUCAUCUUCAGCAGCCUUACUACAUGUGACCCUGCAAACAUUUAUGAUCUUGUAAAGACUCUGAAAGCCCUGAAGAUCCGUGUGUCUGUGAUAGGCCUGUCUGCAGAGGUGCGAGUGUGCACCGUCCUCACGCGAGAGACGGGGGGGACCUACAAUGUGAUCCUGGAUGAAAGCCAUUUCCGUGAGCUGUUGAUGCUGCAAGUGAAGCCUCCCCCAGCCAGCUCCUCUUCUGAAUGCUCCCUCAUCCGCAUGGGUUUCCCACAACACAUCAUUGCUUCCACAUCAGAUCAAGAAGCCAGGCCAUCCUUCAGCAUGGCGCACUUGGAUAGCACUGGCGGUCCUGGACUGAGUCUCGGAGGAUACUACUGCCCCCAAUGCAGGGCAAAGUACACCGAAUUACCCGUGGAGUGCAGAGUUUGUGGCCUGACAUUGGUGUCUGCACCUCACCUGGCACGAUCCUUCCACCAUCUCUUCCCCCUGGAUGCCUUCAAGGAGAGUCCCCUGGAGGAGCAUGCAGGAGAGAGGUUUUGCCAAGCCUGUCAAGGUGAACUGAAAGACCAAAGUGUGUUCACUUGCCCUGUGUGUCGGAGUGUGUUCUGUGUGGAAUGUGACCUCUUCAUCCACGACACCCUGCAUUGCUGCCCCACCUGUCUGCACAACCAAGGAGCGUCCUGACCGCUGCCCAGCUGGAUUUCGGACAUGCGUGUGCAGGCGCCUCACCUGGACACAUCUGGACAGGCAGAGCUGAAAGGGAAGCUCUCCCUAAGCUCAGUGGACUCAAGUGGGCCAUCAGAAGAGAGACACUUAGCCAGAAUCUCAGAAGUGGUGCUGAUGAACAUGAGGCACACCACUGUGAGACUAUGUUGCCCUCUGUGCUCAUUCUGCCACUUUGUUAUGUGUGCCUCCAUUUUGGCCUUAGGGUUAAACAAAACAUGGAGGCGCAGAGCAGCCAUUAGCAGAUGGACAAAGAUACUGAUCAUGGAGUCAUGGAUCCAUCUAAUGGGAAGCAAAGGACUACACAAGGAAUGACAAAAAUUAAGCACAUUCUGUGGUCAAUAAAAAAAAUCUUUGUUUACCGAAAUGUA